AUGAAAACAAAAACAAAACCAUAUGGUUUAAGUGACGCUGUAGUUGGUGAAUCAAAAGCUAUAAUUCAGGUUGAAAUUAAACCAAGAAUUUUAAGUAAGUACAAAGAAAAGGUAAAUGCCGUAAUUUUACCAGUUCUAACCAGCGCACAAUCGAAUAUCUCAUUUAAUUACAACUUUAAAAUAUGGGAAAAUUAUACUCUUGCUGAUUCGUCAUUCAACAAAUCAGAUAGAAUUGAUAUGGUAAUUGGAGGAGAUAUAUUCAGCAGUAUAAUUGAAAGCGGAAUUAAAAAAGAUCACGGUGUUCUUGACCAAGCGACGAAAUUCGGCUGGAUAUUAUCUGGCAUAAUUAAAGAAAAAGUUACUGGCAAAAUAACGACAGCGGUAACUAAUUUGGAAGGAUUUUGGGAAAUCGAAGACAUAUCAACUGAUGAUGAUAUACAAGAAGAUGACACCACCUUAAAGCAGUACGAAGAAACUACCAAAAGAGAUGCAGAUGGCAGAUUUAUUGUGGAAAUUCCAUUCAAAAAACAUAAGGAAUUAAAAGAAUCGCGUAAGAAAGCAGUAGCGCGUAUAAUAUCUAUGGAAAAAAAAUUCAGUAAACUCAAAGAAGAAUACAUCAAAUUCAUCAAAGAAUAUAUAGACCUUGGUCACAUGAGAAAAGUUGAUGACAAACAAAAAGGUAAAUAUUAUUUUCCUCAUCAAGCUGUUAUUCCAGAAAAUAAUAUAACAACAAAACUUCGAGUGGUAUUUGAUGCCUCAGCAAAAACAUCCAAUGGUAGAAGUCUUAAUGAUAUCAUGUGUACUGGACCCAAAUUAUAA